AUGCCAUGUAUCGAUUUAGAUUUGAAUGAAGCAUCCUGGAUUGGUUGGGAAGCAGAUGACAACGGGAAACUAUUGCCAAGAAUGGCAGACAUGGCAAAAACAAUGGAUCCGUUAGUUCUCGCCAACCAAUCGAUAAAUUUGAAUUUAACACUGAUGAAAUGGAGAUUGCUGCCGGAGCUGAACCUGGAAAGUAUACGCGAAACGAAAUAUUUGCUACUCGGUGCUGGUACGCUCGGCUGUGGUGUCGCCCGUUCCCUGUUGGCCUGGGGAGCACAACACAUCACAUUUGUGGACCAUGGACGUGUCUCUCUGUCCAAUCCUGUUCGGCAGAGUUUGUUCUUUUACGAAGAUGCGUUACGAGGAGGAAAACCUAAGGCAUCCACCGCUGCGGAAAGAAUCAAGCAGAUUCACCCGUCUAUUAAUUCUACAGGUUAUUGUCUGAAAAUCCCUAUGCCAGGACAUCCGGUUGGAGAAUCUCAGGCCGACGAAACUAAUGCUACGCUGAAUGUUUUGGCGGAUUUGAUAAAAACACAUGACGUGCUAUUUUUGCUCACUGACUCUAGGGAAAGUCGUUGGCUUCCUACAAUGCUAGCAGCAUUUUAUGGCAAGAUGGUGAUUACGGCAGCACUUGGAUUUGACUCAUAUUUAGUUAUGCGGCAUGGUCUAAAAAAAACUGUUUCAGCCCCACCGAAUGAUAUAAAAGGAUUUAUAGAGAUACCCGGAUAUAAAUUGGGUUGUUACUUUUGCAAUGAUAUUGUUGCACCAGGAAAUUCUGUGAAAGAUCGUACUUUGGAUCAACAGUGUACUGUUACGAGACCUGCUGUAUCAAACAUCGCUUCAAGUUUAGCUGUAGAACUAGCUGUAGCACUGCUUCAACACAGUUGCCGGGAUGCUGCACCAGCAUAUUAUCGAUUACAGCAUUUCGAUGGUCCAGCUGAAGACGUUCCGGAAGGAUUAUUGGGAGUUUUGCCUCAUUCAAUUCGAGGCAACAUUAGCGACUUCAACCAUCUCAUCACUGUCACGGAACAAUUCUCCGAAUGCAUCGCCUGUUCGAAGCAGUUAAUGACAAAAUAUGAGCAGGACGGCAAUGCUUUUAUAAUUAAUGUGCUUAACUCUUGCAAAAUUCUAGAAGAUAUAUCAGGAGUUUCAAAAUUGACCGAUAAUGCGGCAGAAGAUAUUGAUUUUCAAAGCGAUGAUGAAUAA